AUGGCCAACGCAGCAUCAGGAAUGGCUGUCCAUGACGACUGUAAGCUGAAGUUCCUCGAACUGAAGGCUAAGAGGACUUACCGCUUCAUUAUUUAUAAGAUUGAGGAGAAACAGAAGCAAGUUAUUGUUGAAAAGGUUGGUGAACCAGCUAAUGGUUAUGACGAUUUCACAGCCAGUCUCCCUGCUGAUGAGUGCCGUUACGCUGUUUAUGACUUUGAUUUCAUGACUGAGGAAAAUGUCCCUAAGAGCCGAAUCUUCUUUAUUGCUUGGCGGUAUUUGAUGUUUAGAUGCGCAGAGAUACAAGUUCACACCAGUAUCCAUUUCUGCAUCUGGAUUUGA